AUGGACUUCUUUUUUCUUGGAAAAUCAAUGGAAAUAUGCAUUACCCAAUUUAAUUUAUAUCAAUCUUCACAUUUCUCCAUAUUUUAUUUCUGGGCUGCCAUCUUGCUUCUUUUGAGGUUUUCUGCUUUUAGUUUCUCUAUUUUUGGACUCUGUUUUUCAGUCCAGUUCCUCUCUGUUCUCCUGUGUCAGAGAUAAUUGGACUAUGUUUAGACUGUCUUACAUGAGUAAGUAGCUUUUGACCUAUCUGUUGCAAGCUUCUAACCAUGGCUAUGGACGCCAUUGUGUCUACGGAAGAAAUUUCCAGGAUGCCCCUCUUUGUUUUCUUCAAAGAUUCAAGUUGUAAGAGAUGUCACAAACAUUACUUUAGAGCCAAUAUUUAUCUUCUUACUACGCUUGAUGUCAAUGGUGCAGCCCUUGCCUGUGUCCUCUCCCAGUGUAUUGUUCUUAUAGGUAUAAUUUCCUUAACACUCUUGUGGAAAUUAAUCAAACAAGUUGAUCAAGUACCUCCAACUUGUAAAGACCUACCAUUUCAGAGGUUUAUUAGAAAUGAAUUCCUGUUAUCAAUGAGGGUAAUAGCUGUGACAUUUUAUGUGACCUUAGCAGCAUCCUUGGCUGCAAGGCUUGAUCAACGUUGAUGGCUGCAUUUAAGGUGUGCUUGCAGAUUUGGCUGACAACAUCGCUUGCUGAUGGCCUGGCCGGUACUGGACAAUUUGUUGCAGUUACUCAACCUAUCAAUGCUAUACCUUUGGUUUUUAUGGCAUCAAUUAUGGAGCCUCAGAUUGAGCAUAUUGUU